AAUUAGUCAUGUUUAAGUGUUUAAGUGAUAUUAAGACCUAUCAGUCAUAUUUUAGAAUGGUAGGCGUUGCUUGUAAUCUGGCUAUAUUGUAACUUUUUAUGUUUAUUAUUUGAAGCUGGACACUGUUUGUUUUAGACCAGAUUUAGGAUGGACUUGGUGAUUGGCAUUAACUUGGUCACUCUUCUGAUGAUCUCUCUGAGGGGGCUGGUGGAGGGACACGGCCGUCUGAUAGACCCCCCGAGCAGGUCCAGUAUGUGGCGUUAUGGAUACAGAAAUCCCCCCAACUACAACGAUAACCAGCUCUACUGUGGAGGGGUACAGAUCCAGUAUGAGAUGAAUAAUGGAAGAUGUGGGGUGUGUGGCGACCCAUUUCAAGGGCCUCAUGACAAUGAACCAGGGGGGAAAUAUGCUAAUGGAAUCAUUGUUCAUUCUACAAGUGUUGGUGCCAUCAUGCCAGUUACAGUAGAAAUAACAGCUUCUCACAAAGGCUAUAUGGAAUUCAAACUCUGUCCAAAUGACGAUCCCAAAAAAAUGAUCACUCAAGAAUGUCUGGAUGACUUUUUAUUAACCAUCAUUGAGUCCAAAAGUACCAGAUACCCUGUUACAAGUACUGGGAAGUACAAAUUGAAACUACAACUUCCAGAGAGUGUCAAAUGCCGUGCUUGUGUUUUACAGUGGAGAUAUAACACAGGGAACAGUUGGGGAGUGGAUCCAAAAACAAAUAGAGGAUGUAUAGGCUGUGGUAAUCAGGAACAGUUUUAUGGCUGUGCUGAUAUUGCCAUAGGACACCCAAACAUAGAACCAGGGUUUUCGUUAAUAACCAAUCAAAUGAGCAAAGGAGGGCCCAUUUUAAAGCCUGGUGUGCCUACCCCACCUCUGGUUCCCACUGAACUGGAAACAGGGGGACCUCUUUCCCCAGACAGCGGGGAGGUGGAUCCGGCCCAAAAAGUGUACAAGAGGUUCUUGGACUUCCAAAGUAAAUUUCCAAACAAAUAUGCCAGACCCUGUGUUUGUCAUUCAUGUUUAGGCAAGACUUGUGUAUGUGAAUGUUUUGAAAGUGAUGUUCCUGCCUCAUCUACAAACCAUCUCCAAAGUUAUCUUAAUAUGUUGACUCUUUUUGUUGUGUCACUCAUUUUACAAGGAGUUCCAUUUUACCUUUGGGCAUAAUUACUAGUUCUUACGAGACAUAAUAACGAGGCUGAAUUUCAGAUUGUAGUGACCAUGUAGAUAUGUACCAUAUAGCUGCUAGGUUAGCUGCUAGGAUCUAAAAAUUAAGCCAGCUGUAUUGCUAAUUGUUUUCAUUUAUAUAUUUAGAGAAAAAUCUUAAGACAAACAUUAAGUAUAUGGUAUAUCACUGUAUGUCUAGCUGUUUAUUUGUCCAUUUUUGGACAUUUCAACUUUAAGCUCACCUGGAUCCUAAAGGUUCAAAUGAGCUUUUGUUAACACAUGUCAUUUAAUGUCAGUAAAGUUAUGACCUUGUACUCAUCAAUGCUGUUUAGGAAACCUUUGCAAACAGAAUUUUCAUACACCUGUAUAUUGCUAUCCAAAUUGUUCUUUCCUCCUUCUGUUAAGUGUCUGUCCAUAUGUCCAUCAGUCUUGGAGUAUACCUGUUAGGCUGCAGUCAAUUUUCGUUUAUUUUUUGUUACAUCUUUUACAAGUUUCUUCUCAAAAUGACUCAUUUUAGGAAGUAUUUUCCUUCAGAAAACUUCAAAUUUAUCAAGCUAAAAGUUAAUAAAAACAUUUCUUUUAAACUCAUAGGACAAUGAAAAAAAUCUUAGAUUCUUAAUUCACCUGUGUCUGGGCGAAUUUGAAAGUGAACAUUUUAUUAAAAGUGAUAAAGUGAUAAAAAAUAAGAUGAAAAUAGCCCAGUUUAUAGAAUUUUAUUAUUCGAUGCAAUAAGACACACAUUUAUUGAAAAUGAAAAUAUUUUGUCAAUUAGCAAUUACAUGUAAAAUUAGAUGCUUAUUGAGCAUGUGAUAUGAUUUGACAAUGAGUUUUCAGCAACUUUCUCUUCAUUGUGUUUAUUUUUGUUUAAUAGAUAAAAAAAGCAAAUUCAAAGAA